UCUGGAGUCCACCGACGCCCCCGAAAACAUCCAUCUCGGAUUGGGCGUCUUUCACCACUUCGACCCGGUUAAACAAUCUUCGAUGCAUCCUCUCCCACCUCCCAAUAGAACCCAGUCUACUUAUCCUCCUCAGUCACGCGAUCAAGUGCCCUCCUCAACAAUGGAUCCUUCGUCUGCCAAUCAACCCUCCGCUUCUGCCUCUGCAGGUCAAUCCCGGCCUUCGGUUGCGUCUGCAAAUCCUUCAGAUGGAAAGAAGAGGAGGAAACACCGCGGAGGCAAGAAGAGGAGGAACAAUCGUCGUCAGUCUUUUGCUGCUCCCUCAGACACCUCAGCCAUGCACAGCAUUGCAGAUGGACCCAUUGACGACCCAUUGAUCGAGGAGUCUCAUCAGCAACCUGCCGCACGGCAAACAUUCUACAGGAACCACACAGGAAACCUGAGCGAUGAGAGUCUUGAUUCAGAGGCUCUACUCGACCAUCGAGACCAGCCAACUCCACGACCUCGACGCGAUAGUCGCCUCACUCAGAAUCUGUUUAAUGCCUCCUACCGGAGCAGCACCUAUCCCAGACCCGAAGCGGCUCCACGGAGGAGGCAUCGCAGUCAACAGAACAUCAAUAGCCCUCCAGAUUCUGACGACGAAGACGCAAAUGAUCGCACGCCUUUGAUCACCAGUGGGACCCCGAAAAAGAGCCCGGUCGAGGGAGGCUAUGGCUUGUUCAGACGAAAGUCACAGGCAUCCUCUCUUUCUUCAACCUCAAGGCGGCAGCGGAAGCGAGUCGUCCCACCAAGCAACUCCGUCCCCAAGACCGAGCAGAAGGACUACGAUAUCAACAAUCCUCCGUCAGUACCGCCCAGUCCCACUCUCGGUGCCCACUAUGGCGACGUCAUGGUGGACGACGCCGCCUUCUUCUCACGAUCGCCUGAUAGCCGGAGGAAUAUGCUUUGUACCAGCAAUGAUGCCUUGAUCGAUAUUGACGGGGACAGAGACCAGGACCCUAAUUCAGCACCACCUAGUCCAAGACACCGUCCGCAGGGUGCUCGGCAUCUGGGUGCUGUGGGCGACGUCUGUUUCCCAGGAGACGAGGCUUCUGAAGCUGGGGACUAUGACAACAGAUCAAUCUCCCGUGGACCUAACCUUAAUGGGGGGCGACGAAGGCGUCGGGAACGAGAGUGGCCUCAGCUAUGGGUCCUGGACGAUUGGAGUCGCGCCGAAAAGGAGGAGCGAGCAGCUGGUGAGCGAAGGGCCAAGAAAAUCAGCGAGCCCGUCUUCGUGGAGGGCAGGUUGCGUCCAGCAAAGAAUGCAUGGCAUCGUGAUGAGGAAGAACGCCAGUACCGGUACACCUACUUCAACGAGGAGUUUGAGAGCACCAUCCAUUCCGAGACCAUCUCUGAACUGGUCCAGCCGGGAGGAGAUUUUCGGGAGCUGUUUAUACCUGAUCCACCGGAACUGGUUGAAUCUGAAAGCAGUGAAGAGGAAGAACCAGUGGAAGCCAGUCAGCACUUGGAACGUCUAAGCACGCUGCAAAGUCCCCAAAGUCAGAAUGAGUCUGGAGAGCACACUGCGGCCCCAAGCCUGGCAGAAGCAGUGAGGUCGAAGCUUGAGCCCAAUGGCAAGACAUCUGGCAAGGCUUCACAUUCACCAUCGCCACUCAAACACACAGCAAAGCAGGCUUCAAAGCCGAAGAGGUACGGCCCUCGACCGACCUUCUGGCUCGACGUUCUCUGCCCAACGGACCAGGAGAUGCGCGUUCUAUGCAAGGCCUUUGGCAUUCAUGCUCUUACCUCAGAAGACAUCAUGUUGCAAGAAGCACGAGAGAAGGUCGAGCUGUUCCGCAACUACUACUUCAUCAAUUACCGGACAUUCGAACAGGAUGCCCAGAGUGAAGACUACCUUGAGCCCAUCAACAUGUACAUGUGCGUCUUCCGCUAUGGCAUCAUCACAUUCCACUUCUCCCAGAUCCCCCACCCGGCGAACGUGCGGCGUCGUAUCCGACAACUGUCCGACUACCUGAUCCUGAGUGCCGAUUGGAUCUCGUAUGCAAUCAUAGACGACAUCACCGACGUCUAUCAACCAUUGAUCACCACCAUCGAGGAGGAAGUCGACGUCAUUGACGAUCAGAUUCUCAGGUCGUUUCAAACUACUGAUGAACUUGCUGGUGAUCACGGUGAGCAGAAGAACGAAAAGGAGUCAGAGAGUGAGCACCUUGAGAUCAGUGGCAGCGACAUGCUUUUGAGAAUAGGCGAAUGUCGUAAAAAGGUGAUGUCACUUUACCGAUUGCUGGGAACAAAGGCAGAUGUAAUCAAGGGUUUUGCGAAACGUUGCAAUGAGCAGUGGGAGGUUGCUCCCAGAUCUGAGAUUGGUCUUUACUUGGGUGACAUUCAGGACCAUAUUUUGACCAUGACCGGCAACUUGUCGCAUUACGAAACCCUGCUUUCCAGAGCUCAUGGUAAUUACCUUGCCCAAGUCAGCAUUCACAUGAACGAGCGCCAGGAAAAGACCUCCGAUGUGCUUGGUAAAUUGACCGUGCUUGGUACCAUUGUGUUGCCCAUGAACAUUGUAACAGGAAUGUUUGGUGGCAAUUUCAAGGUCCCUGGACAAGAAGUCGACAACCUCAAUUGGUUCUGGGGCACAACUGGGGCCCUCUUGUUAUUCGGAAUUUUCUGCUUCUUCUGGUGCAAGCGGGUCUACAAGGUCGUGUAGACGGCUGUGGAUGAUCUGGGUCGCGGGUCGGUGCUACGUCGCUGCAUGAGGGUGAGGUAUAAGUUGUUAUAUUUCAACCCACUCUGCAGGAUGGCAGCUGUAUGACUCGACAGUACCAUGAUCCGGGAUUGGUGUCGCUUCAGGAAUAGCACUUUGGUGCUUGGAGGAAGGUUAUGGAUGAACUCGAAGGGUUUUCGAGUCUUCAGAAUGUCGGACAGGGGAAGCAUUUCUGGACAACGUGUAUGGCGCCCUUUGAACCUCAU